AUGGAACAAUGCUUGGAAGGUUAUUUUGGAAGAUAUUGUACACCGUGCACCUAUCCGUCUUAUGGAUAUUUGUGCCGAUUUACCUGUAAUUGUUUACAACACCUAUGUCACAACGUGCAUGGAUGUCCAGAAUCAACAAUGCAGACUACAGCACAGACAUCGGAACAGUCAAUACAGUCAACGAUAAGUUCUACAACAGAAACUACGAAAACUCGACGCAUGAUGGCGGAACGGUCUUCCUCAUUGCUAAAAUCCACCACCAAAAUGUGGACUGCCGGAUCGUUCAGUUCUACAUACCUGGCUCUACCGUCUCCAGAGGCAACUCCAAUGCCUGGUUCUACGGGCGUUCCCCCAGAUCAUGCCUCACAGACGUCCGUCAUAAUUAUCGUCGGAAGCCUUGUAUGUUUUUUUCUCGUUUUGAUAAUAGGCAUUCAACUUCAUAGCAAGUGUCAGAAACAAAAGAGCGUACCGGAACGCAAAAACGGAAGGAAUAACGCCAGUCUUUACGAUAUUGCAGAUAUUUACGACGAAAUAGAAGACGAACAUGUUUCCAUAGUGACAAAAAAGUACGAAAUUAUUGCAAACCGAAACGAGCCCAAUUACAGCAGUCCAAAAUCUGGCGACACUGAUGCAAGUUUUGCUCCAACGUGUUCAAGUUAUAAUUUUUACUUAGACGUUACAAAAGAUGGCUGUCCUGAAUUUCCUGAUUCGCUGCAGAAUAGCUGUGAACCUAUAACUCAACCUGAAUCAUCCACAUUUGAUGAUUCAAGACAAAAUGAAUGUGAACCUGUUCAUGAGUCUAACUCUUCACCGGCUGGGAUAUACCCACAGAGUCCCAGCGAUACAGGGUAUCUAGAACCUAUGGAGUUUAUAGACACAAAAUCAGGCAUAUCUGACACUCUACCUGGCCAUUCAUUACCGAACUCGACAUAUUUAGAUGUGGUUUUUAAGUGACCUGUAAAGUGUUUUAUUCCCCGUAAACAAGUCAAAGAACGAUUCUUAUUACUUAUAUUUACAUUACAGUAUUGAUCAAAUAAUUCAUCAUGGUUAAAUUAACCGAAUUUUUACGCUAAUUCCAUUAUGUGUAAUUAUGCAAACCCCCUGGUCCCCCACCAGUGUACGUCACUAAACACAUCAUGUUUCCAUGUCGUGCAAACUGUGUAUAACCAUGUUGUAGCGCAAAACAGUCACCUGAUGCUAUUAAACACGCCCAGUUCAGGCCACAUGUCAAUUAUCGUGUAAGUUUUAUCACCUACAUAAACACUGGAAAAUAUUAAUAUUCUAGUUUAAUAUGGUUUAAAAAGAGCAGGUCAAAAUUGAAAAUCGUGCAUAAUACAUGUAUAUCUAUGCCAAUAAUUUGAAUGCAUGAACAUUAUUAGUUAAUGCACAGUUUCCUUAAAGUCCAUUUAUGUCAUAUGAAAGUACAUUGCUAAAAAAAUAUAUAACCACUUUGCUUUUAGUGUUUCUUACAAGACAGAUGGGGUAUCAAAAUUUUAAAAAUAUCUCAUGGGAAAGUUACAUUUGCUAAAGGGGAAAUAAUUUUCCUGUAGAAUAUCUCUAAAACAAUUUCUGAACUCCCCAACAGGUUUUUAAUGCAUUUAUUUCAAACAGGUAGUUUUUCUAAAGGAAAUUUAAUUUCAUACUUGGUUUUCAAUUCCGUUUGAAUUGUUUUCGAAUUUCACAGCUAUGAAGUACUAGUAAUUUAAUCUCGUAUAAAAAACAUAUUAUCAUAUUGGAAAAUCACAUUUUAGGGAAUUAUUUACCUACUGGAUUUUUAUUGGUAAAGAUUAAUAUUCCACAAGACAAAUGAAAAAAGAAGUUGUUUAAACUUCUUUGGUGAUUCAUGUGGGAUAUGAAGACAUUGCAAAAAAAAAUGCAUAACAAAAGUUAGCGGGUUAUGUAAAUAUUUUCCUUCAAUGAUCGCUACCUUCAUAUAGUCCGCAUGAAUCGUCAAAGAUAGCACUUUAUUAUUUAUAUUUAUGUGUUCCUUGCAAAUUAUUAAUUUUAUCAUAAAAAGUAGGUAAAAGUAAGUAAAUUAUUGUUGAUGUACAUCAGUACGUUGAAAGAAAUAGCCAAGUAUUUGAUUCUGGCAUCAUCAUGAUUAAUUCGUGCAGUCCGUGAUUUUCUUUCAUGGCUACUAAAGGUUUCGACCAAUCGAUAAAAAGGUUAGAACUGGAUCGUGUAUAUUUCAGCCCUUUUAGUUUCUAUAGCGCUGUAAAUUACAAUCGAUCUGUUUGAGAAAUGUAGGAUAAAAUAUAUAGUGAAUGUAAAUAUUUUAACAACAAAAUGGCCAUUUGGUGUUUUAUGCUGGAUAUGGACCUUGCGGAUUUCAGUCCUGUCAGUUUCUAUAUAGAGCUGUGAAUUACAAUUAAUUUCCAUAAGAAAUAGAGGGAAUCAUACUUAAUGGAUGUACAUGUAAAUAUGAAAUAAUAAACUCUUACCACAAUGUUAACACAUUUGAUUUUUACACAUUUGAUUUUCUUAGGAACUGCUUGUUUAACGGGUGCCAAAAAUACCACCUUAGUGCUGAGCCGCUGACAUAAUUAUUCGGCUGUGUUGUGUGCAAACUAAUCGAUUCAAGCAUGCUAAUUAUUGAAUGUUAAUUUGUGUAUUUCAAAAAGUUCUUCUUAAAUUUCGGUAGUUAACCUAAUUUGGAAAUAAUUUAGUUUUUGGAAAUGACAAAUGUGAUUUACUGUUAAAUGUUCUAGUUCAUGGAUAAGAAUGGCGGUAAAAAGAAUAGAAUAAAAUGUACAA